UAACCUUUAUACCUUAUGUGUUUUUAUUUAAACACAAUGUAUAUUAAUGUUAUCUAAAAAUAACAUGCCGUUAAUACUAGCUAACAAACUGGCAGAUUAUCUAGUAUCAACUGUAUAUUUUUUUAUUUUGAUUAAAUGUUUAGAAUAUCUGAAAUAUGACAACAGCUUUAACUGCCAUGGUAAUGACCUUGAUGCUGCUUUGGUCUUUGACUGACCACCGUCUCAGGGAUGAGACCACACUUCCCUUUAACCCCCAUAGCUGAUCUGUAUGUCAUUAUCCAAAGUCAGUAAUCAGUCACACAUAAUAACAGAAACACAACUCAGUUUGAAGAGGGAAAUAACAGCUGUACCCAGUUUUAAUGACCUCCCUAACUUGAAGCCUCUGAGGUUACGUCAACCCACAGAGACAUGCUGACUUAGAAGACUCAAGACAAAGAAGGGGAUACAUCUCUGGACGGGACGCCUUGCCUGAAAGAACAUCAGUGGGCAUGUGUGUGCUGUAGACCCCCCUCUCUGACACAGAGACACACUCACAGUUUGGCUUUAGUGUCCGGGAGUGUGAAGAUCAGGGAAGAUCAAACUACCUACCGUAGGUUGACCCCUGAGCCUCCGUGUCUCCCCGUCAAGGAUCCAGGUUGCACACUAGGGAUACCAUCACAGUACUUCUGCGUUCUGCCAACCUUGCCAAAGCCACAAUGUCACAAUUCUGUACAAUGCCAGCUGGAGAGAGGAAGAAGCGUGCAGCAGCUUUUUGCCGAGAGGUCCAUGGUACCAAUGGUGACGUAAUGGAUCUCGGAAAGAAGCUCAGCACUCCUAAAGACAUUAUGUUGGAGGAGUUAUCGUUGCUUUCCAACAGAGGGUCCCGGCUUUUCAAAAUGCGCCAGAGGAGAUCUGAAAAAUAUACAUUUGAAAGUAUCCAAAAUGAGGCAAACGCACAGCUAAAUAAUGAUAUUUUAACUGGGAACACACACACUGUGGAAAUUAAAGUAGAUGCACCAACCAAUGGAAAUACUGCUAAUCCAGGAAGCACUGUUUCAGACACGACUGCAGAGAAGUUAAAUGUCACAGCUAUGCACAAGUCCUACCACUCCCCGUGGGAGCAGGCGAUCCUCAAUGAUCCAGACCUUGCUGAAACUCUCAAAACUUCAAUGCCAGCGCCAGACCCACGACCAGAGCUGCCUGGGUACAAAUGCUUCAACCGGGUUGCCACUCCAUUUGGUGGCUUUGACAAAUCUCCCAGAGGAAUCACAUUCAAGCUUCCUGAGGUGGACCUGAACCCGCCCAGUUAUUCAGAGCUGCAGGAGCCAGGGAUGAAGAGGCCCACCUUCAAUAGGACAGCCCAGGGAUGGAUAUCUGAGGGCACCCAUCUUAUCCUACCCACUGUUACCCUGGAGCCAAUCAAAGUCCCAGAGUCUGAUGACCUGUAGAUGCUCUUACUGUAUGUAAUCUGGCAACACGGUGUUGGCUGUAGUGUUUUGGCCCUGCCUGCGAUCACAGCAAAACAGUCACUUAUUAGCACAGUCACAAUCCCCUACCAUUAUUUUCGAUUUCUCCCACACAAAAUGUGUCAUGCAUUUGUUGACUAGUGUGUUUGGUGUAAACUGUAUUCAAAGAAAAUGAUGUAAAUAGCAAAAACAAUGUGCUAUAAACAACCCAAGAAGAGUUUCCAGUGAUACUGAAAAGCAAAACUGUAAAUUUUAUAAAUGUUCAAAUGAAUAUGUAAUGUAAAUAAAGAAUGCAAUUUAUUUAUUGAUGGCACACAACUGAAACGAAAGCAAGUUCUAUUUGGUUAUUAUUGGUAAGCAGUAUUUCAAUUAUAUCUACUGUAAAGAAUUAUGUUACAGAAAAAUACACAAAUAAACUGGUGACAUUCA